AUGUUUUAUUUCUUUCUUUUUUCCAGUUAUGGUGAGGAUCUCCCAUGUGCAUUGGUGGUGGCCCGCCUGGAAGAGCUACAACGGAAUCAAAACAUUCUGUACAAUUUGGUAAAACCAACCAAGGAUAAUCCCAAUUUGAUAGAAUCCAACCUCAAAUUGGCCAAUGUCUUGCCAAAGAAUCGAAUCUACCGAAUGGAAUCUGUUGAAGAAUUCCAUCUCUUCAAAGAAGAAUUGCUUAAAAGGCCGCUUGUUCUACAAUGUGCGGUGGAUGGAGGUCCUGGAAUCACCUGCAUGAAAUGGUGUCCUAACCUUGAUUGUCGAAUUGUCAGAUUUUCAGGAGAUUAUAUUGUUCUUUUGAACCAAAAUCACCCGAAGAUCUUAGCCCGUCUGCAAAUGGGACUGGAAGUUGCUGAACGUGCCAUGCAAAGAUCCCAACCUUUUAUUCUCACAUUUACUUUCAAUGAUGUGAUGGAAAGACUCUAUCCUACAAUCUUGAGAGAAUUUGAUGAUUUAAUUGGACCUAAAGACAUCGUUAAUUGCCAUGAUGGAGAAAUAAUUAUCCGCUAUGUACAAGACAACAAAGGUUUGCAUUUAAAAGAUGCAAUCAAGAUUAAAGAUAUGACUUUUGCUUUUGAGGAUAUUGACAGCCUUGACAUGAAAGUGGAUACCCUAAGAUGUGCCCAGGCCCGACAACGACGCAGUUUACCACUUGAUCAGGGAGAGUUGGUCAGUGUUUUAAAGGGUUGGAAAUUUGGUGACUUUGAUACAUCCCAGGAUCUGGUGAAUGCCUAUGCAGAAAUCAGUGAUGGCCCCAGCCAAUUGAAGACAAAUGAUUCUGUACCACAUGCAAUUCCUCCCUCUUAUGAAAGUGCUGUUCUUUUACCAGUUUCAAAACCACAGCAACCCUCUCGACAAUAUGGCUAUUCUGACAGCAGAAACCAUCCUACCAAACCCAUUUCUCAUAAUUUAAGCUCCGAAUUCCAAGACAGAUCCAUGACAUCAAACUCCAGGAAAGUGAUAAAACCGCCGCAAUAUCUGGAAUCUGAGGAUUAUCCAUAUGAGGUCAGCAAUGAGUACGUGAAUGUAGGAUUUUAUGAAGAUCAUGACAACGGGAGACAAAAACAUCGAUAUGCAGCACAGUAUUUUCAUUCGGACUUUGAAAAUAACCACCACACUGAGAUGCAAUUAAGAAACGCUCGAGGGGAUGGCAGGUACAAUUUAUAUAGGAAAAAGAAUACUUAUAAAUACUAUGUAGUAAGAAAAAAAACAAAAAAAACGACCUUUGACUUUCAUAUCAGUUGUACAUCCUGGAAAGACCAGAGACUGGAUUAA